CAGCAGGGGGUUUAAAUUUAAAAGCUAAAUGUCAAAGAGAAAUAUUUUAAUAGCAUUAAUAGGUUAUAUAUAAUAGCGUUUUUUUUGUUGUUGUUGUUUUUUACUGUGUUUAUUGUUCCGUUUCUUUCGGUCUCUGUCCCCCCAACCCUCCUCCUCCUCCUCCCAGGUAUCACUCAGGUUACUGACCUCCUGUGCUUGCCUUUCAGAAUUCAGUCCUCUCUUAUAGAGAAGUGUCUUACGAUAAAAACUCGGCAUGUUUCGGGUCUUCAGGACCUUUCUUUGUCUACUUCUUGUGCACUGUGUCACUCCUGAGGUCUUCCUUCACACCAAGGAUGCCAACCAGGUCCUCACACGCUACAGGCGAGCCAACAGCCUGUUUGAGGAAGUGAAAAAGGGUGACAUGGAGCGUGAGUGCAUAGAAGAGCGGUGCAGUUACGAGGAGGCUCGGGAGAUCUUCGAGGACGACAGAAAAACGAAUGAGUUCUGGAACGUAUACCACGAUGGAGAUGCAUGCAUAUCUCAGCCUUGUCUCAACAAGGGUGUGUGUAAAGAUGGAAUAGGUCGAUAUACCUGUUUCUGCCCUGAAUUGUUUCAGGGGUAUAACUGUGAGAUUGCAAUACCACAGCUGUGUGAGGUUAAAAACGGUGGUUGUGAGCACUUCUGCAAAGUGGACCAGAAGAAGGGGACUGCAGUCUGCUCCUGUGCCAAAGGUUACAACCUAGCAGCUGACAGGAAGGCGUGUACAUCUGAUGCUCCUUUCAAAUGUGGCCAUCUGUUUCCUAAGGCAACCCGAAGCAUUUUAACACAUCAUACAACAGAAAAUGUCACUAAUAAUAGCAAUGGCACGAGGCCCACCCGUGUGCAAGUGGGUACAAAUGAAGGAAAAAGUGUGACCUUCACUACAAAAGAGGUCGUCACAAAUGCCACUCCGAGCAAAGCAGAUACCAACAGUUUGUUUGGACUGAUAGAACCCAUCCCCACUGUCCGGGAGGAAGCAAUACUUCCAGAAAUUGCUGGAGACACCAGGAUCGUGAACGGGGAGAAUUGUCCUCCUGGAGAAUGUCCGUGGCAGGCGCUGCUCAUGAACGAGGACAAGAUAGGCUUCUGUGGAGGGACCAUUCUAAAUGAAUACUUCAUUCUGUCUGCAGCCCACUGCAUGAACCUGUCUCGCUCCAUCACAGUUAUUCUAGGUGAAACGGACGUGUUGGUCAGGGAAGGACGAGAAGCGGUACAUGCCGUCGAACAGGUCCUGGUGCAUACGAACUAUCAGCCCGAGACCUACCACAAUGACAUUGCGCUCAUCAAGCUCGUCCAGCCCAUUACCUUCACCAAGUACAUCCUGCCAGCAUGCCUCCCCGACCGCGACUUCGCAGAACGCGUGCUCAUGCAGCAAGAAGAGGGCAUGGUGAGUGGAUUCGGUCGUCUCCAUGAGGGUGGUCUACAGGCCACUACCCUGCAAAAGCUCACCGUGCCCUACGUUGACCGCUCCAUCUGCAAGGAGUCCACCAAGUUCAACAUCAGCCCCCGCAUGUUCUGUGCCGGCUACGCCAAGGAGGAAAAGGAUGCGUGUCAGGGUGACAGCGGUGGCCCGCACGUCACCAGAUUCAAAAACACAUGGUUUGUGACCGGUGUAGUAAGCUGGGGUGAGGGCUGUGCACGCAAAGACAAGUAUGGCAUCUACACCCAGGUGUCCAAGUACCUCAAGUGGAUCGAGACCGUCAUGGAUCAGGUCUUAGCCGAGACUAAGACCGGCAAGAAUUCAAAGAAAAAGAGGCGGGCACCUGGGCAAGUGCCAGUGAUUCGGAUGUGAAUCAAUUCAUAGAUUGAAUUGAAUUCAUCGAUGCGAAUCAAUUAUGAUAAAUUAUGUGUAAGAGAGAUGCAAAAUGAAACAAAAACUGGAACUUAACUACAUUUGAAUAAAAGGUUCCAUAUACUGCUCAACUCA